AUGCAUGCUCUUGCUAGGCACUUUUCAUUAUUGUUGCGUGAUGGUGCUCCUCUUCAAUUCGGCGAUACAUUCCUCUAUACCAAGCUGUACUAUGCAGAGAUGAAGGGUGAGUUUGUUACAGUAGAGUCCUACAUUGAAGGAAGUUUCAGAAAAUAUGUGAAUAACACUGGCGACAUUGUUCUAAAAGAUGGCAGUGAAAUUGCUAUGAAGGCAGAAUCGUUUGUCCAUUACUCUUUUGUCAAAUCAGGAAAGCAGCUUAUAAUUGUGGAUCUGCAAGGCGUAGGAUUUGUGCUUUGUGACCCAGAAAUAGCAAGUAGCGAGUUAUAUGAUGAAAGUGAUGGCAUCUAUUUCUGUGCUGGAAAUCUUUCAACCAAUCCAAUAGAAACAUUUUUUGUACAACACAAAUGCAACAAGUACUGUGAACUAUUAUCUUUGGACAAGCCAUGA